AUGUCCCACCAAACCCCCAAAUCCAGCUCUGGCGCCGUGCAAGAGCCUAGCCACCACCAGAACCACACCCACGCCAAAACCCCCGAAUCCCAUUCCCACGCCCACGCCGACUCCCACUCCCAUGGCGGCGUCCUCUCACAUACCCACACCCACCACCAGCCUAAUGAACUCCUCCAGACCAGCGCCCUGUCUAUCUUGUCCAACCCGGCUGUCCGGAUCACCUGGAUCGGCCUUCUUGUCAACGUGGCAAUGGUAGUGUUCAAGGGCUUCGGUGGUGUCUACUUCCACUCACAGGCAUUGAUUGCCGACGCCAUCCACUCGGUAUCGGACAUGGUGGCAGACUUUCUCACUUUGGCCACCGUCAACGUGGCAACCAAAGUGGGCACUCCCAUCAACUUCCCUUUGGGUUAUGGCAAGAUCGAGACCGUGGGCUCGCUCUUGGUUUCGGGAGUAUUGCUUUUUGCCGGAGUCUCUGUCGGCUGGUCUUCCUUACUCCAGAUCUUUGAGUUCACCUUACCCUCCUUCCUCUACGAUUACGUGGCCACCAUUCAAAUAGGCCAUUCGCAUAGCCAUGGUGCUCCUUCUUCCAGUCCCUCGGGCCACAGCCAUAGCCAUUCACACUUGGGUUCAGAGGAGUCGGCUCCAGUGGUAAGAGACAUUCCCAACAUCAAUGCUGCCUGGUUGGCAGCCGCCUCCAUCGUGGUGAAGGAAUUGCUUUACAGAAAGACUAUGCAAGUAGCAGUAAAGACAAAUUCGAAGGUGUUGGUUGCGAACGCAUGGCACCACAGAGUGGACUCCUUGACUGCUGCCGUAGCAUUGGUCACCGUUACUGGUGGCGUUAUGUUCAACGUGGCUUGGCUCGAUUCCAUUGGUGGCUUAUGUGUUUCGUUGUUGAUUAUCAGAGCAGGAUGGGGCACAUUCAAGUCUUCAUGGUUCGAAAUCAUUGACAGAGGUGAAAAGCCAGGUGAUGAAACUUAUGAUAAGGUGUCGGGUAUAGUUCAAGCAGAGGUUGAUGAAAACUUGAACAACUUCACUAUUUCUGAAUUGUCAGUGAUGACUUCCGGUGCCAAUACCAAUAUCUACUUGACUUUGAAAACCUCUCAAUCUUACACCUUGAAGGAGUUGAACGAAUUUGAGCUGAAGUUCGAGUCAUUGAUCAAGAAGGAUGACAAGUUCAUCCGUAACGUCUAUGUCAAAUUCAAGUAUGAAUGA